UGUCGUCGUUGUUGCGAUAUUUUUCAAUUUUUAUAAUUAGUAUUUGUGGCGUGCGCUUUCGUAAAUGUUGCUCUGAUUUCGGACUGUGUUUGCUUAGAGACUACGAGACUCGAAAACAAAGACAAAGACGGACCCAGACCCCAGACCCCGCUGAAAACUUGAUAGAAACCCGCUAAAUUCGACGGGCAACUGGCAAAUGGCUCAAAGUGCGUGCAAAUCAAAUCCGAAAUUCUAAAUCGAAAUGCAAUUAGGCGGCGGAUGAAGUUGAAAUUAAAAUUGAAUUCGAUUCGCAAUUGAAAUCGAAAUUGCAAUUGCAACCGCGAAUACUAUCGAAAUUGUCGCUGCUUCUGUUGUGUGUCUAUUUCUGUCGAAGCUGCCAAAGAUCGUACAAUUUCAAUUAUUUUUACAACACAUAAAUACGCUCUUUAUAUGUACUAUAUAUCCGUAUAUUCAAUUAUACUAAGUAUACUUAACUAUACAAUACCAACCAACAGACCGUACAUAUUCUCGAGUCGAGUAAAUGCCAAAAACCACAUAUCGUAAAUCGUAUAUUUAGUUCAUUUAAUGAAAUAGAUCAAGACAAAAGUAAGAUCCUACUAGCUACUCAACCUGCGUUGCCUGCCUGCUAGACAAACAACGAAUCGAACCUCGGUCAAUCGUUCAUGUGUGUGGAUAUGUAUUGAGCAUACGUCGUAUAAGUAAUAUUGUCGGAUUUCCGUCAUCAGUGCGAAGGAAUUAAAAAAGUAGCGAAACCCACGCAAAAACAAAAAAAAAAAUGGCCACAUUUUUAAGUCGAUUUCAUCGUGAAAAAAAGCGAAAAGAUUUUACCAUCGUCUAUGAACGGAGAAGCAAACAACAACAGCAGCAACAUUAAGAAAACAGCUGACACGAUGGAGGCAGCAGCCUCUGCCUCUGCCUCAACUGCAGCUGCAGCGACAACAACAACGACGCCGGCUGCACAGCCGCGUCCACAGAGACGCUACAUGCGCAGCGCGACAGCGGCGAGCGUCACUCAGCUGCUCUCCGAAAGCUGCAACAGUUUGCUGCAACGCUUUCGACGCAAUCCGAGCGAACGACCUGAUAACAAACAGCAACAACAGCAGCAGCAGCUACAACAACAACAACAACGCAAUCGUGCGCCAGCCAUAGCCGAGGAUAGCGCAGGCAGCAACAACAAGAACAAAUCACGCAGUAGCUCUAAGACUCCAACGAAUGAGAACUGUAACAACAACAACAACAACCUAAACAGCAGUAGUAGCAACAACAAGAACGAUAAGAGAAAAGGAAGUCUCAGCAAACAGCACAAACGUCGCCGAAGCUCAGAAAAGUCUUCAAGCGGGCGAAGACGUCCGGAAGCGGAAAGGGAAAGGGAUCGAGAUCGAGAACGGGAACGGGAUCCGAACGCUAUGAGCGAUCGCCACAGACGUUAUUAUGCUGGCGGCGGGUUGGGCUAUCAUCCGAUCAGCAGCAAUGUUACUGGAACGGGGGUAAGCUCCAGUAGCGCCGCUCUCAUGGGUCGCUAUCAAAAGAGCUCCACAACGGCCAAUGCGCUGGACAGGCUGCGCACCCAUCUGAGUCCCGUGGGCAGCUACUAUAAGCCACUGAUACGAGGAUUGGGAGGCGGCAGCAGGCGUGAUCCAGACGAUCGUCGCGAACUGCUGCUCGACAAAGACAAGACGCCCACAUUGUCAGCUGUCUCGCGGUUGGAGAACAAAUACUCGGAUAUAUUGGAACGCACCGCUGGACGUCGCCGCCAUGAAGAGGAUCGGGAUAAGACUCUCGAACCUGAUGACUACGGUGCUGUCUCCAGCGGACUUCUGCGCAGUGCCACCUCUCAUCAUCUGGGCAAACCUAAGCUAUCGUCGAGCUCCUUCAAUGCUGGCGAUCGCAAGGAACGAACUCCCUACAGAACUCGCGCCCAACGCCAUCGAAACAUGGCUGACUCAACUGACAGCGGCUAUCUAACGACCAGCGGCAAUCGACUUUUGGACGACAGUUAUCCUCUGGACUAUGGCAAUCGCUAUCAAGCAAACAACGACUAUCACGAUGCUUUGCGAGCAGGGGGGAGCAACUGGCUACCCGUCGAGCCGAUACACCCGGAGAGGGGGCAAACGAAGACUCUGCGCUAAACACACAGCGUCUAAAUCGAGCCUAUGGGCGAACCAAAACCGAUCUGCUGGGCACAGAUUCGCACAUUGAUGAGAGUGCCAGUUCUUCUAGUACUCGCAGUCGAUUCGCUAAUCGGCGCAGAGAGCCGCCUCCUCCAGCGGAGUU